CAAGUUCAUGUGCUCAUGUCUGGCUGCAGUGCAUACUAUAAAAGGGCUCAAUGUCGCCAUAGAGUGUUGAGCAUUGUGUUUUGAGGAAAUACUAUUUAAUGCACAAGGAAAACAAAAUGAUUCAUUAGCAAGAGCGAAUGGGACGGGCAUAUCCAAGUUAAUCAUUUGUAGAUGUCUGAAUGAACUGUGAUGUAUCUGGAAUGAUGGGUCAGUAUCCUUCCUGAAAGCCUUGGAUACACAACCGUGCUUUGUCAGCCAAUCAGGGACUCAUUCACAUUCUGGAAGAGGACCAAAUGCUUUUAAGUUUGAUGCCAACUGUGCGACCGGAGAGGAAAUCAGCAGAACUACAGGGUGGCUGAAAUAUGAUGGACAAGCCCCCAGAAGAGAGUGUGAACCACGAGACGAGGGACUCUGGCAAGACCUCUGGACAGCAGCCAAUCACAGCGUGUCUGUUGGGCGCAGCCUUUUUCGGCUCCCUGGGGUCGUCUUUCAUUUAUGGCUACAACCUCUCUGUGGUGAACGCUCCAGCUUUGUACAUUAAAGCUUUCUACAACACAACAUGGAAGGAGCGAUACGGACAGCCUCUUGCAGUAGAGACGGCCACCCUCCUCUGGUCCGUCACAGUGUCCGUAUUUUCCAUAGGAGGCCUUCUCGGAGCGCUGUCCGUCUCGACGAUCCACAGAGUGCUCGGAGGGAGGGGAACCUUACUGUUGAAUAACAGCUUUGCUCUAAUAGCGGCUCUGCUGAUGACCUUGGGAGAAAGGGCCAAAUCUUUUGAGAUGCUCAUCAUUGGUCGGCUCAUAAUCGGGGUCGAUUCCGGUAUCGCUCUCAGCGCCCUGCCCAUGUACCUGGGAGAAAUUACUCCGAGACACAUCCGGGGUUUCAUUGGCCAGUUCAACGGCAUCCUCAUCUGCUUGGGAGUGUUCACGGGACAAGUGGUGGGGCUGCCCGAGCUGCUGGGACAGGAAACCAGAUGGAGCUACCUGUUUGCCUUCCUGGCGUUUCCAGCAAUGCUGCAGCUGUGUGUGCUGCCCUUCUUCCCCGAGAGUCCUCGUUACCUGUUGAUGGAGAGGAAGGAUGAGGCCGCAGCGGAAAAAGCCUUCCAGAGGUUUCUGGGGAAGAAAGACGUAUCCCAGGAGCUGGAGGAGGUCCACGCAGAGGCUCGGACUCAACAGACCGCCUCAAUUAUACAGCUGCUGAGGAACCCAGCUGUUCGCUGGCAGCUCAUCACCAUCAUCAUCACCAUGGCCUGCUAUCAACUCUGUGGCCUCAAUGCUAUUUGGUACUACACCAGUGGGAUCCUUCGGGGGGCAGGCUUUGCAGAGAACCUUCUCCCCUAUAUUUCGCUGAGCACUGGGGGCAUAGAAACAUUGGCUGCCAUCAUCUCUGGCUUAGUGAUAGAACGGAUUGGGAGGAAGCCGCUCCUCAUCUUUGGUUUCGCUGCCAUGGCCGUUUUCUUCAGCCUUCUCACAGUGUUCCUAAAUUUCCAGGACAGUGUGUCAUGGAUGCCCUACCUCAGUUACAUCUGUAUUCUGGCUGUGAUUGCGUCCUUUUGCUCGGGACCAGGUGGCAUCCCAUUCAUCUUGACCGGAGAGCUGUUUGAGCAGUCCUACCGACCUGCCGCCUUCAUGAUCGCUGGCACCGUAAACUGGCUGUCCAACUUCGCCGUCGGCCUCCUGUUCCCAAUCAUUCAAGACAAGUUGCAGUCCUUCACUUUCCUGGUGUUUGUGGUGGUGUGCGUCUUGGGAUCUAUCUACCUCUAUGUUGUUCUUCCUGAGACCAAAAAUAAAACAUUUAUGGACAUCAGUCAGAGCUUUGCCAAGAUCAACAAAAUCCCUGCCCCCUCCCCCGGGUGUGAGAUGGAGCUGAUCUGUAAGCCCAACAUUAGUGGAAAAGCCCAAGAUGUUACCAAGAUGGAGAGUGCCUCAUAGCCGAACAAUGUGUAAAAAACUAAUUUGGAGGAGCAAGGUUGAAAUUUAGGCUAGAAGCGUUUGUUGUUGUACAUAUUUAUUUAAUGAAUUGUUAAUUAAAUCAAAUCAAUGAGCAAAGCUUUUGUUUCAAUGCCUUUUGGAAUUAUGUAUAUAUUUUAAAUGACUCAUUUGUAAUGGCAGAAACCUUUUUAUUAUUAUUAUUGUAGUCAAUCGAUGGUUAAAAAAAGGAUGGUGUUACAAUGAAAUAUUGAUGUAUUGUGUAAACAUUUUUUUAAAUGACAAGACGGUUCCCUGGGUGGCACUCUGUGAACACAAAGCAGCAUCAAUUCUAUACAGUUGAUACACUGUCCCACACAGGUCGCUUAUUAUUAUUUUCACACAGGUUUCUUAGAUUGUCCUUUACUUUGUUUUCUUGGUGAUCUGUGUUUAGGACAGUUUUACCCAACUGACUCCAAGACAGAACUGAUGGACAUUUUACAUGGUGUGAAAAACUCAUACAAAUUGAUAGAUUUGUAAAAAAAAGAUGGAAAUUAUGACAAUCAAGGGUAAAAGCCAAUUAUUAAUGGGUUUAAUUACACACUUUGGGCUUGGAACUGAUUACACUAGAAUCAGACAAGCUGUAGCAGCAUGCAAUAUCAUUUGUGGUCGUCUGAAAGCAGCUUCAUAUUGAGAAGGGGGCGGACAUCGAAAGACAGUCUGAUGAGAGACAUAUUUUGGAGGAUUAAAAUUAUAAUCCGUAAUACUGAUGUCUUGGUUAACUUUCCAAAAUAGACAACAAGAGAAAGAGAGAGAGAGAGAGAACCAAUGGAGCGCAGGAACGCUAAAGGGAACAAUUUUUGGGAGCCGCUCCAAAUCUGAAAGGAGCCAAGGAUGCUUCCCAGCAGAUGGGGAAAGGAGGCGAAGGAGGAUCAUUGAACAGCAGUUACAUAGUUUGCUCCGCAGUGGGGUGUACGCUGCAUUUUAAAGUCCACUAUUCAAGCCAACUCCCCGCUCAAAUGGACACAGAUACACAGCUGGGUAUGUCAUGCAAUGGACAAAAGGAUUUCCGUGUAUCCACAUGGCAUUUUUUUAAAAGACAGGUGGGGAAAUCUUAGUUGAAAUGAAACAGAUUCCAUUCGUUCAACUGGGGAGCCGGCGGUGGAAGUGAGGCGAUGAUAAUAUCUGAGUAAUAAAGUGUUGUCCCAUAGCUCUGUUCCAGCAAUUUACUCUCGAGAAGUCACACUUUCUGCAGCAUUAGUGGAUAAUUGACAGGAAGAUUUUCUGGUGGGAGAUGAAUUGGCAGACAGCAAGGACAUAAAUACUUCAUGUUUAAUUAGUUGAAGUUCAUAAAAAAAGGAUGAGGGAUAAAUCACUGUUUGUACGACCUCUUGGAUAUCCUGGAAAGUUGUUAAAUCAACUUUCCAUUAUGCAAAGUAAGAAGUGGGCGCAGGAGGUGCUGUGUAGAUGUUGCGUACACUUUGAAAUGUUUUGAAUGCUAGCUUUCGUGAUAUUGCCUGGC